GGUAUUAACUGGAGGUUUGAAUGAAUGCUUUUCGUCAGCCGUGUCUUGUGGUGUGUGUGUAUAAAAAGCGGACUGCUCGAGUUUCCUCGUGUGAAGCUCGAGUCAUCGAUACCACUAACACUUAAUAAUCAUAACCAGUACCAAUAACAGCACGGAGACGAGCGUCAUGAAUACCACGGAGAAGGAAAUUGAAACUCUUAAAAAAGUACAUUUCUGGUUUUGGGCAAUAGGUGGACCUCUGAUAUUCAUUCCUGGAGUUAUAGGCAACGUCAUUGCCAUGUGGAUCUUCAGGAAGCUGAAAAUAAAGUCUUCGUGUGCGAGUUUGCAUCUUUUCGUCCUGUCCGUCACCGACACGGCAGUGUUGUUCACUAACCUCGGCAGACUGUGGAUAAAAUACACGUUUAAAUACGACCUGCGAGACGUUUGCGAAGCCGGGUGUAAGAUUCACCAAUUCCUCUCGUACACGUUCAUGGAUUUCUCUGGCUGGAUCUUGGUGUCCCUCGCCUGCGAGAGAUGCAUACACGUGACGUUCCCGUUUCGGUUCAAGUCCUGGUGCACCAUCAGAAAAACGGCCAUCAAACUGGUCGUCUUGUUUCUCGUCAUCUGCGGAAUAAACGCGCACCAUUUAGCGGCCUACGGUCUCGUCCAGAAGAACAAUCGUAGCGAGUGUGCCAUCACAAUGGAGAACAUUAGUCACUAUGACAAGAAGAUCUUCCCCUGGAUAGAUCUCUCCGUGUUGUCUCUCGUUCCGUUUGUCAUCAUGCUGACGUGUUCGGUGAUAAUAACUCGCAAGCUUAGACAGUCGGGACUCGUCUUCAUCCCCGAACUCAACAUUGUGGUUAUGAGGGGUCCACAGCAGAGUAACAUGGCGGGAGUGGACAGAUAUUCCAGUGAGACACGACUGCUCCUGACACUGGCAAUACUGUACGUCUUCUUAUCGCUGCCAUACGCCAUCACGAAUCCCAUUGAUACGUAUCUUCUGGAAGAGUGUGGUGUCUGCAACGCCAGGUGGAGGCUUGCGUGGACCAUUACCUACUUGAUUCAGUUCUGUAACUACGCCGUCAACACCAUUUGUUACAGACUGCGUGAUAAGAAGUUUAAUAAAGAGUUUCUUAAGUUAAUUCGAUGUCGGCCAUCUAGAAAUCGCAAUUCUCUGGGGACGACGUCAACAACAUUUUCCAGACAUCACAGUUACUACAGCACAUCUUUAGGCAGACAGUCACAAGAGACAGGUGUGGACGAAGCACUGAACAUAUCCCGAGUGUCUUACCUGUAUACAGCGCGGCCAGAGGACACCCGUUACAGACUGAAGAGUUCAAGGCAAGCUAGCAACAGUACUAGCGAGAAACAGAACAGUGCUGGUGAAACACAGAACAGUGCUAGCGAGAAACAGAACAGUGCUGGUGAAACACAGAACAGUGCUGGUGAAACACAGAACAGUGCUAGCGAGAAACAGAACAGUGCUGGUGAAACACAGAACAGUGCUGGUGAAACACAGAACAGUGCUGGUGAUACACAGAACAGUGCUGGUGAAACACAGAACAGUGUUGAUGAAACACAGAACAGUGGUGGUGAAACACAGAACAGUCCUGAAACACAGAACAGUGUUGAUGAAACACAGAAAAGUGCUGGCGAGACAGAGAACAGUGCUGGUGAGACACUGAACAGUGCUGGUGAAACACAGAAUUGUGCUGGUGAAACACAGAACAGUGUUGGUGAAACACUGAACAGUGCUGGUGAAACACAGAACAGUGCUGGUGAUACACAGAACAGUGCUGGUGAAACACAGAACAGUGAUGGUGAAACACAGAACAGUGAUGGCGAAACACAGAACAGUUCUGGCGAGACACAAUAUAGUGCUGGUGAAACACAAAACAGUGCUUGCGAGACACAGAACAGUGCUGGUGAAACACAAAACAGUGCUUGCAAGACACAGAACAGUGCUGGUGAAACACAUAAAAGUUCUGGUGAAAGACAGAACAAUGCUAUACGCACAGAAAAACAUUCUAAUGAAACACACACAUAUGCUGGACAAGUAGAAGACAGUUGUUGUGAAACACACCAUAGUGAAACACACCGUAGUGAUAAUAAAACACUGGACAGUGCUGGCGAAGAAAUGGACAUUGCUGAUAAAACAACGAACAGUGCUGAUCAAACAAUGAACAGUGAUGAAACAAUGAACAAUGCUGAUGGAAUAAUGAGCCGUAGUGGUGAAAUUACCAACAGUGACUGUGUUUAUGGUAACUCGUUUUUAAACUGUAAUGGUCUCGCAUUCCCCGUGCCCAGUGCACAUGUUGAUCUAUCCUCGUUGAGUACAACAUACAUAUCCCAUUUGUGAAGAAACAGGAUACUAGCGAAAUAUUUGCAUAUUUAAUUUAACUUUUUACUUUCGUUUAUUAGAUUAAUUAUUAUUAUUAUCAUUAUUAUUAUUAUUAUUAUUAUUUAUAUAUUUAAAAAAAUAUUUAUCAUAUUAAUAAAAUGUUAUAAAUUAUUUCAGUUUACAAAUUUUAAACUGGGAGUGUAUUGCGCAGGACAUGUCUGAUUGGAAAUACCAUUAUCAUUGCUUUUGUAUUGGACAAUAAACAGAAAAGAAUGAU